UGUCUAAUCAUUCGACAAUUAUUUAUAAAUAACGUUUUCGAAAUUAUAUUAAGCGCAUAAGUGUUUAUCGAUAUCAUUCUAAAACGAUUAACGAAUUCACACUUAAGAUGUAGUAUACAUUUUAUUUGCUAGAUACGUCUCAGCCACAGAACCAGUAGGUCGGGACCGACGAAAUUUAUAAUUUAAAUUAAAUAAUUAAUUACUUAAUUGUUUAAACAGUGUUAACAAUAUGGGUGGUGUAGUAGAGAAUGAAGACAAAGUGCCGUUUGAGGAAGCAUUAAACAAAUCAGGGUUUGGCCUAUACAGCUACUUAUUAUUAAGCGUGUCGGGUCUUGUGGUGAUCGCAGUGGUAUGUACAGCCUACGGCAAUACCAUAAUCGUCCCGACCAGUGCUUGUGAACUACAGACCACUACCGCUCAGAGAGGUGUUCUGGCUGCAGUUCCAGUUGUAGGUUUGAUCGUUGGUGGUAUAUUAUGGGGAUACCUCGCUGAUGUCUUUGGUCGAAGAUUAACACUCAUAAUAUCUUUAAUAUCGUCUGCGGUUGUCAAUUCACUGGCCAGCAUAUCCGUGAAUUGGAUAAUGCUCAUGAUUCUACAAUUUAUCGCUACACUCUUAUCAUCGGGUCAGUAUUCAAUGGCUAUGACAAUGCUUAGUGAAAGUGUUCCUAUGGUAAAGCGAAACAUAGUGGUCCUACUGGUGGGGAGUAUAUUCCUGUUAGCGCAAGGAAUUAUGGCAGUAUUGGCAAUACCAAUAAUUCCACUUACCUUCUCUUAUGAGUUACCGACCCUUGGUAUUUAUUGGAACUCCUGGCGGACUUUGCUUUUGGUGUACUCAGCACCAAGUAUAUUAUCUGCGUUAUGGUUAUUUUUCAUGUAUGAAAGUCCGAAAUUUCUUUUUGCUAAGGGUCGAGAGACGGAAGCUUUAAAAAUUUUAAAGAAUAUUCAUAGAUUAAAUAAUUUGGGCUCCAAAUCGGAAUAUAAUGUACAAAGUUUUGAGGCGGAUACUACGACUAGUUCGAUCUCAAAAUCUGCUAAAGAGCAAAUUUUGCCAUUAUUUAAAUCACCCUUGUUAAAGAACACAAUAAUACUGACUUUGCUUUUUAUAUUCCAACAAAUCGGCUCAUUCCAAGUGUGGCUGCCGACAAUUACUAAUAAAUUAGUAGAAAUAUUGGAAACAGGAGAAGGAUCAAAUCUUACUCUUUGCGGUAUACUUCGUAGCAGCAUCAGUGCUCCCCCUGAUCCCGAUGCAGUACCUUGUUCAUUGAACGUGACGUCUCUUUUGAUCGUGCUUGCGGUUGGCGCAAUGCAAUCCGUUACAAAUGCUAUUAUAAGCAUAGUAAUAAAUCGCAUCGGUCGACGUAACAUGGUGAUGUUUGUAGCUGCAUUUUGUGGCUUAUGCGGCAUUAUUGUCAAUCUCGUACCUAACGCCAUCGGCAGUGCUGUCAUGUUCUUCAUUUUACUAAUCGGUAUCGUUAAUAUCGGAUUGUAUACCGCCAUGGCCGUAGCACUGUUCCCUACUUAUCUAAGGGCACUGGCAGUGGCUUUUACAAUGACUGGGAGUCGUAUUGGCGCUUUCGCGUCAGUGCAAAUCCUCAAUGUUUUACUAGAAAGUAAUUGUGAAGUCGGCUUCUACGUCUAUUCAGCUGUUUUUGCGUCUUCUGCUGUCAUCGCCCUUUUCCUUGCCAAUGAUCGAAGCCCUUAAAAUACAGCGAAAAACAAUAUUAUGAAUUGUAAAUAUAACGUAGGUGAGGCACCACUAGGUAUAUAGAAUAUACGAGGGUAUAUAGAAUGAUAAAAUCAUUCUCCAUUUACAAUCCUAGCUAUCUCUUAUGGACGUGUAUACUACGUAGGUAUGGGUCGGUUAUCGAAUAAUGUUAAGAUACAAUACUUCAUGUAUAAUUAAAGAAAGCCUAAGUUACAAUUAUUACUUAGUAAAUUAAUAAUAUUAAAUUAAUUUACCUACAAAGUCGGAAAAUAUAGGUCCAACGUCUAUCACUCCAAAGGCAAUCCUAUAGAUUACUCGAUCUCGACAAAAUAUAAUAAUAUCGACGUAAUGUAUUUUAUACCAAAAAAUAAUGAAAGAUUUCUCAAUCUAGACAGUCUGAGUCAUUUUAGAACAUGCCAGGAAUAAGAGUGAUGUUGAUUUUUAUUGUUAAAACUGAAUGUUUCAUACCCGAGUAUUAUAAUCACGAAAAUUAUAUUAGCUGCUACUAAUAAUGGAUAGUAGAACUAUGAUAUUGAAGGCGGAAUUAUAAUAGGCUGCAGCCUUAAAAAGAAAAGGCUUUAAUCUUAAUAAUUCCACACUUGACUGUGAUUACUAGAGCAUAAAACUAGAUUUUUAUGUUUCAUAAACGUAUUCUUGUAAAUAGUUAUUGUAAACACAAAUGUACUCUAUAAAAUAAUAAAUAAUAAACAAUAACCUAACAAAUGACUUUAAAGAUAAAUAUUCUUAUUUAUAUUUAGUAUAAUAUCGAAGAGAAGUUUGCCAUAAUAAUGUUAAAUAUUCUCAAACAAAUGAAAAUAUAAACGCGAGAUCUCAAUGUGAUAUAAGUGCAUCACCGUAUCAUAUUAAAAAUG